AGUUAUUAAGUUAAUUUCAAGUUCAACUUAUGCAAAGUACGUUAGUUGAGGAUCGACCAGCGUAGAUCGUGUCUUCUUCAUCCUCAAUUUCAGCGUGAAAAGCAUGGAGAUUGAGGAGAGAGUCGUUCGUAAACGGACUUUCCGAGAUUUUCUUCGACGGGUACCGCGACGUAUUUCAGAAACAGUCGAACACUUUUUCUACAAACUCGGGUUAAGAAUUGCUCGACGACCAGUGAAAUGGCUUAUUGGCAGUGCUGUGAUAGUCCUUAUUUCCCUUUCUGGUUUGUAUUUCUUUCACCAAGAGAAAAAUCCUGUCAAGCUAUGGGUUCCGCAGGAUUCGGAUUUUGUUCACGAUACAGAGUGGAUGAUCCAACAGUUUGGGCAGGGAUUGAGAACAGAAAGUAUGAUACUAACAGCUGACGAUGUCUUAGAACCAGAAGUUCUUGUUAAGCUGAAUAAUAUAACACAACAAGUUCUAUAUGCACAAACAUCUGAUCAUAUUGCAUGGACAGAUGUAUGUUUCAAAGUACCUGUUAUAUCAGGUAUUGUACAUAGAAAGAAACGCAGCAAGCAACUUGAUGAUUUUUUUGAACCAGACAUACAAAUUAAUAGUACUAAGUUCGAACCUGCAGUUCAUGCUGACUCUAAACUGUAUUGUAAUAUUGUCGACAACUUGCCGAGAGAUUGUCUUUUAAAUAGUAUUAUGGAUAUAUGGAUGUAUGAUAGUGAUACGGUUCUUCGUAAAUCUAAAGAAGAAAUCAUCAAUGAUUUAAACAAUGCCAAAGCUAGUCCCAGUUUGGGCCAUCCGUUAAAUUUUACCGAAUUAUUGGGUGGUGUAACGAGGGAUAAAGAGGGUAGAAUCAUUUCAGCUAAAGCUGUGAAAACACAAUGGGCAGUUCACAUAAAUUUUACAAAUGUGGAUAUGGAUGGUGCAACCUUUGGCAAUGAUGCUGGAACAGCUGAUUGGGCAACAGAGGAUAUAUUAAAAUGGGAAUUAUCCUAUUUGAACGUACUGCACAGAAAUGCAGAACUAUUAAAUAGUAUGAAAAAUGAAAAUCAUACUGUAGCCAUUUGGUACGAAGCUGGUAGAAGCUUCGGAGAUGUUACCUUCGUAACAUUGUUCGGAAAUAUUGGUACAUUAUCGAUAGGAUUUAUUUUGAUGUUUCUGUACGUUCUACUAAUAUUCUCUGAUUACAAUUGGGUGGGAUGGCGAGUCUAUCUCACAAUCGUUGGUCUUUUUUGUGUGGGUGGUGCUUUUAUAGUAGCGAUCAGUGUGUGUUCUGCUCUCGGAGUUCCUUACGGACCCGUACACACCUCGUUGCCUUUUCUAUUGUUGGCUCUUGGCGUAGACGAUAAUUUCUUGAUAAUGGCGUCUUGGAAAGAAAUACACGCGCACAAAACGAAUAGGAAUAAACCCUUGGAGGAAAGGGUAGCUUUAAUGUUAGGGCAUGCUGGCUCAGCAAUUAGUAUUACUUCCCUUACUGACGUUGUUGCAUUUAUUAUUGGUGCCUCUACAAUAUUGCCGUCCCUACAAUCGUUUUGUAUUUACGCGGCAUUUGGUGUAUUAUUAACGUUUCUAUUUCAAAUAACAUUUUACGUUGCUUUCUUCACUUUGGACGCGCGACGAGUCGAAAGUAAAAGAAACUCCAUAGUGCCAUGUAUUAUUCACGAGAAUUUUACACCAAAAUUUGUAAGCCCGCAAGAAGAACUUUCUUCGAAGAUAAUAACCAAGCUGUAUUCUAAUGUAAUAUUAACGAAACCCGGGAAAAUAAUGACAAUAUUGAUAACAAUAAUCGCUGCAUCGGCUGGAGUUAAGGGUUUAUUGCAAUUACAACAAUGGUUCGAUCCAGGGUGGUUCAUACCCGACCAUAGUUAUCUAAGCAAGUAUAUCGGUAUGUUGCGCCUUGAAUAUCCUGAUCGUGGGUACGAUGCAAUGAUCCUUAUGGGAGAUUUUAAUUACACUGCUGAAUUUCCGAAAAUAAUAUCUUUGGCGGAAACGUUCAGCGAUUUAUCGACCGUAGAAAGUAUCAGGUCAUGGCCCGAUGAUUUCGCGAAAUUCGUCAUGGAAUUCUUUGGAAAAGAUUUAAAAAAGACGAUCCUCGAGGAGUCAGAAUUCCAAUCUUAUUUAUCAAAAUUCUUAUUUAGUCGAAACGGUGGAAAAUACCAACGGAACUUCCGUUUCAAAGGAGAAUUGAUAUGCGGAGAGAAUACUCCGCCAGUUUCGGUAUCCACGAUGGAUUUUGUGUUUAAAAGAUUCCACGGUCCUCACCAGUGGAUCCCUGCGAUGGACAAUAGCAAACAGGUUGCACGUGGUGUGGGAAUCGAUGGUUUUGUUACGGUGUGGAGCGAAGUAUUUAGCCUAUGGGUCACGGACAAAUUAAUUGCUCAAGAGGUGCAACGUAAUGUCCUAUUAGCUCUGAUUUGUGUCAUGGGAAUGACAGGGUUAUUGAUCGCGGAACUGCAAACCUGCUUCUGGAUCUUUUUGUGUGUACUUCUCACACUUCUCAACGUCUGUGGGUUCAUGUAUUUUUGGGGUCUAACUAUAGACAUCGCAUCAUGCAUCGGCUUGGAAUUGGGCAUUGGAUUAUGCGUGGACUAUGCAGCUCAUGUUGCACAUGCAUUUGUGCACGCUGCAAGUGUAACUGGAGGCGAGGAUCGCACCGAAAGAGCACACGUUGCAGUUAGAUACAUAGGUGCAGCGGUUGCAUACGGUGCAGGUUCAACGUUGCUUGCACUCUCCAUGAUGGUGUUCUCAGAUAGUUACGUAUUCCAUGCGUUUUUAAAGAUCUUCGUUUUAGUGAUAUUAUUCGGUCUCUGGCACGGGCUGUUCCUUCUGCCAGUUAUAUUAAGCACAAUCGGACCGAGGAGUCUGAAAUCUCACAGUGCACCUCAGUCCCCUGAAAAAACCGAGGAUGCGGGUGACACUGUGCUCAGUCCCUUGAAUAAAGAAACAGAGAGUUAAGUGAACGCCCGAAAAAAUGAUUCUUUAUCAAUAAUAUUUAUUUUUGGUUCAAUAAACAUACAAAAUUA